GCCACAGCAGCUGAGCUUCCAAAUUCUGGAACCACAAGAAAGGCCAGUCUCUCUUCAGCAUGGGAUCUUCUGGACUUUUGAGCCUCUUGGUGCUAUUCAUCUUCUUAGUGAAUGUCCAGGGACCUGGUCUGACUGAUUGGUUAUUUGCCAAGAGAUGUCCCAGAAUCAAAGAAGAAUGUGCAUUCAAAGAAAGGGAUGUGUGUACAAAGGACAGACAAUGCCAGGACAACAAGAAGUGUUGUGUCUUCAGCUGUGGAAAAAAAUGUUUUGAUGUCACACAAGAUGUAUGCGAAAUGCCAAAGGAAACUGGUCCCUGCAUGGCUUUUUUCCGUCGUUGGUGGUAUGACAAGAAAAAUGAUACUUGCUCCAUCUUUAUCUAUGGCGGCUGCCAGGGAAACAAUAACAACUUCCAAUCCAAAACCAACUGCCUGAACACCUGCAAGAAAAAACGUUCAUGUCCCAAAAUCCGAGUGAGAUGCCCAAUGGAUGAAAUAGAUCAGUGUACCCAACACAGCGAAUGCCCGAAAGACAUGAAGUGUUGCAUGUACAGCUGUGGAAAUAAAUGUGUAGCUCUCAAAGAAGGUAACUCAGAUACUUUCUGAAUUACCCAAUGUCCUCAUCUCCUGCCCCCACCUGCACUGCACUAACUCUCCUGGUUCACUGAUGGCUGGUCUCUGACCAAGAGUCUAGGUAUGUCUUCUACUUGACACAAAUCUAUCAGUCCUGGACUUGGGAGACAUGGAUUUUGUUUCAUUUCUUCCCCUAUUUUGGUAUGUGAUGUGAACAAUGUAGUUUUCCUUUCUGGGCCUCAGUUUUCCUAUCCAUAGGACAGGUGUUGAUAUUGGACCACAUGGUCUCUUGGCUACUCUUCAGUGAUUCUCGAGAUGCCAAGUAGUCACUGAAGUCUCAUCAAAUGCCAACAUUGUGUCAGGUUAUAUGUUAGCUAUACGAGAUAAGUGUAUAAUAUGUAUUUCCUGGUUUUUUUCUCCAGGCUUCUCUGUCUAUAUAAAUCCAGGAUGCCCUCCUUGACCACCUUAGACUGCCCACACUCUUUCUUCUCUGCCCAUAUUAUUGGGCUCUAAAGAAGACGAUCAAGGACUAUUCAUCCAUUGUAUUCAUUCAACAAAUAUUGAUUGGUUUCCUGACACCUGUGAUGAGUUCCACUUGCUCAUUGUGGCCAGGAAGAUCAGAAAAGGUUUUUCUGGGAAAGGGGUCCAUGAUUUAAGAUCUGAAAGAUGAGUACUUAGACCAAAAAAAUGGGACGAAAUAGCCUUUCAGGCACAGGUAAUAGCAUGUGCAAGGCUCUGUGGCAAGAGGCAGCAUGUUCAGGCCUAGAAAGACUGGAAAGCAGAGAGUGAGGAAGAGAUGAGGAAGCUGGUGGUGUAUAUUCAGGGCAACUUGAAUCUGCACACCUAGGCGACCAUCCUCAAGUUUUGGGCUCAAAUAAACUCUCUACUUAAU